AUGCCACCCCAUUUACACCCGCGUUCGACGGCAACCUCGACUCUUUUCGCGGGGACGCUGCUCGCAUCGUUCAUCGUGGUCGGCAUCCCGCACGUCUUCCCCUGCCCUCGACCGCGGACGGGGUACGCGACGGAUUCAGCACGGAUAGAACUGGAUGAAGAUGGGAAUCCUGUCCCACGACGACGACAGGUCAGACCAACCGACAAUUUACCCACUGGGAAGGUCUCGCCAGAUCAGCGUGCUUCACGGAUCGAGCAGGAAGGACAACAGCAGCAACAACCACAACAACCGCCUCGCAAAGGCCCGCAAGCUCUCCAGAAAGGUCUGGUCGCGUCCAAGAACCUAGACGAAGAAGCAGCCUUGUUUCGAGAACUGCAAGCCGAGGCGGAGCUGUUGGAAAAGGAGGCCAGGUCGGCGAGAGAAUGUCCCGUGCCCAAGCCCCGGGGUUGGGUGGGAAGGAUUUUGGGAUUCGAGGAACAGAGUCAGAGAGUCGUGGAUAAAGAAGGUGGAUGA